CCGGCCAUUCCCUCCCCAAAAUCCUCCCUCCAUCCAACCAAUCCCCCACCGUGCUCGCCGCCCAAAUGCCGCCGCGGGCCGCCUAGGGUUCCGGCGGCCGCCGCCCCCCUCGCCGGUGCGAUGGGGAAUACCUGCGUCGGCCCCAGCGCCUCCUCGGACCGCCACAGCUUCUUCAACUCCGUCUCCCUCGCCGUGCUCUGGCGCCCCGACGCCGCCCGCGCCGAGCCCUCCCCGGCCUCCGAGCCCACCCCCUCCACUCCUCCCCCAACCUCCUCCAGAGCCCCCGACCCGGUCAUCAUCUCCGAAUCCGAGCACUCGCCCCACAACCCGAACGGCAAGCCCAGGCCCAAGCCCAAGGUGAAGCGCGUGCAGAGCGCCGGCCUCCUCGUCGGGUCCGUCCUAAGGAGGGACUCCGAGCGGCUCAAGGACAUCUACACCCUGGGCAAGAAGCUCGGGCAGGGGCAGUUCGGCACCACCUACCAGUGCGUCGAGAAGGCGACGGGGAAGCAGUUCGCGUGCAAGUCCAUCGCCAAGCGGAAGCUCAUCACCGACGAGGACGUCGAGGACGUGCGCCGCGAGAUACAGAUCAUGCACCACCUCGCCGGCCACCCCAACGUCGUCUCCAUCGUGGGGGCCUACGAGGACGCGGUCGCCGUGCACCUCGUCAUGGAGCUCUGCGCGGGAGGGGAGCUGUUCGACAGGAUCAUACAGCGGGGGCACUACUCUGAGAAAGCCGCCGCGCAGCUGGCGCGGGUGAUCAUUGGGGUUGUCGAAGCUUGCCAUUCCCUCGGGGUGAUGCACAGAGACUUAAAGCCGGAGAAUUUCUUGUUUGUGAACCAAAAGGAGGACGCGCCGUUAAAGGCUAUCGAUUUCGGCCUUUCCAUCUUCUUCAAACCAGGUGAAAAAAUUUCGGAUGUCGUUGGAAGUCCUUACUAUGUUGCUCCUGAGGUUCUGAUGAAAGACUAUGGCUGCAAGGUGGAUGUGUGGAGCGCAGGUGUAAUAAUUUAUAUCUUGUUGAGUGGGGUUCCUCCAUUUUGGGAUGAAACUGAACAAGGAAUAUUUGAUCAAGUUCUAAAAGGCGAACUUGAUUUUUCAUCCGAUCCCUGGCCCAGUAUUUCAGAGAGUGCAAAGGAUUUGGUUAGGAAGAUGCUAGACCGUGAUCCCAGGAAGAGAUUGACUGCACAUGAAGCUCUUCGUCAUCCCUGGGUUUGUGUUGAUGGAGUUGCUCCGGACAAACCUCUGGAUCCUGCUGUCUUAACCAGAUUGAAACAGUUUUCUGCGAUGAAUAAACUAAAGAAGAUGGCCCUUAGGGUCAUUGCUGAGAAUUUGUCCGAAGAUGAAAUUGCAGGAUUGAGAGAAAUGUUCAAAAUGCUGGACACUGACAAUAGUGGGCAGAUCACAUUGGAGGAACUAAAAAGUGGCUUAAAGAGAGUUGGUGCUAACUUAAAGGACUCGGAAAUUGUAACACUAAUGAAAGCGGCAGAUAUCGAUAACAGUGGUUCCAUUGAUUACGGAGAGUUCCUUGCUGCAACUUUACAUCUGAACAAAGUUGAACGAGAAGAUAAUCUCUUCGCAGCGUUCUCAUACUUUGAUAAAGAUGGCAGUGGUUACAUUACUCAUGAUGAGAUACAAAAGGCAUGUGAGGAGUUUGGUAUACGAGAUACACACCUAGAAGAUAUCAUCCGCGACAUUGAUCAAGACAAUGAUGGCCGGAUCGACUACAAUGAAUUUGUAAUGAUGAUGCAGAAGGGAAAUAACCCACUAGGGAAAAAGGGUCACGCCCAGAUGAGCUUUGGUCUUAGGGAAGCAUUGAAGCUUGGCUAAAGGCAUGCUCGAUCCUCAGUGUAAAGUGCCAUUGAGCAUUAUAUGCCAACUAUAGCUGAGAAAAUGAGGCUCGGGACCUUGGUACUCCGGUACCGAAGGUGGAGUGACAUGGUCGGGUCUGUCAACCGAGCAUGCUGCAUGCAGGAAAAUAGUGGCAGAUUUUUUCAGAGUUCAUCUUAAAUACUGAAACGUCCUUGAUCCUCCACCAUGUACAGACUUUUUCCAGGAGGGACAGGAAUAGCGGAUGUGUUUUCCAUGACCUUUCUUUGCCUGUUCUGAAGCCCAGCUUCUGGAUGCUCCACAUGGCGCGUGAAUGUUGUACAGCGUAGCAUGUUGCAUGAUCGGACAAUGUGUGUGGAAGUGUGUUCUAUCUGUGCAGUCCUUGUUAUAUAUGCUGUAAGAAUAGGCUGUACGCCUGUACUGUGAGAAAUCUACAUCAAUUAAAUGAUUUUUUAGUGUACAUUUCA